GAUCACGCAUGCGCGUUGACGUUGCUGGUCGUAGCAAGCUCAGCGUAGCAAUCACUCUCGGUCUACAGACAGGACAAGGAGCGGUGAGACGAGAAGGUCAACAUGGUGCUGAACCCUGUCAUUUCCAAGCUUUCUGGUAAACUCGUUGUUCUGGCCAGUGCUUCUCCUAGGAGACUGGAGAUUCUCAACAAUGCGGGCUUACGGUUCCAGGUGGUUCCAUCCUGGUUCAAGGAAACUCUUGACAAGGGGCUUUUCAAAGCCCCUCAUGAGUAUGCUGUGGAGACAGCCAGACAGAAAGCCCUGGAGGUGGCCCGCAGGAUGCCCUUUAAACACCUGAAGACUCCAGACAUCGUAAUCGGAGCGGACACUAUUGUAACUGUAGAUGGCAUGAUUCUGGAGAAACCUGUGAACAAAGAUGAUGCUUACAGAAUGCUUUCGAAAUUGAGUGGUAAAGAGCACAGUGUCUUCACCGGUGUAGCGAUUGUCCUCUGCCAUGAGAAAGAAAAUCACGCAGACUCAAACCUCAAUCUUAGACCCAAAUGUGGCGCAAAUGCGCUCCGCAGCCGUUGCGAGGUUCCGGCGCUAACAGUUCAUGAGCGUGCUCCCCCGCCCCCUGUCAACACUCGCGACACAUGA